AUGGGGCUGGAGGCCCAGAAACUGCCAGGGGCAGAGGAGGCCCCAGUCAGAGUGGCCCUCCGAGUCCGUCCGCUGCUGCCCAAGGAGCUGCUGCAUGGUCACCAGAGCUGCCUGCAGGUGGAGCCAGGGGCUGGCCGCGUCACUCUGGGCCGUGACCGCCAUUUUGGUUUCCAUGUGGUGCUGGCUGAGGAUGCUGGGCAAGAGGCCGUGUACCAAGCCUGCGUGCAGCCCCUCAUGGAGGCUUUCUUUGAGGGCUUCAAUGCCACUGUCUUUGCCUAUGGUCAGACAGGCUCCGGGAAGACAUACACCAUGGGGGAGGCCAGUGUGGCCUCCCUCCAUGAGGAUGAGCAGGGCAUCAUUCCGCGGGCCCUGGCUGAGGCCUUCAAGCUUAUCGAUGAGAACGACCUGCUUGACUGUUUGCUGCAUGUGUCCUACCUUGAAGUGUACAAGGAGGAGUUCCGAGACCUGCUUGAGGUGGGCACUGCCAGCCGUGACAUCCAGCUGCGGGAAGAUGACCAGGGGAAUGUUGUGCUGUGUGGGGUGAAAGAGGUGGACGUGGAGGGCCUGGACGAGGUGCUGAGCCUCCUAGAAGUGGGCAACGCAGCCCGGCACACAGGGGCCACACACCUCAACAGACUAUCCAGCCGCUCGCACACGGUCUUCACGGUGACCCUGGAGCAGCGAGGGCGUGCUCCCACCCGCCUGCCUCGGUCGGCCGCCAGCCAGCUGCUGGUCUCCAAGUUCCACUUUGUGGACCUGGCGGGCUCCGAGAGGGUGCUCAAGACGGGCAGCACCGGCGAGCGGCUCAAGGAGAGCAUCCAAAUCAACAGCAGCCUCCUGGCGCUGGGCAACGUCAUCAGUGCCCUGGGCGACUCGCAGCGUCGCAGCGGUCACAUCCCCUAUCGUGACUCCAAGAUCACCCGGAUCCUCAAAGACUCCCUUGGGGGGAAUGCCAAGACUGUGAUGAUUGCCUGCGUCAGCCCCUCCUCCUCGGACUUUGAUGAGACGCUCAACACGCUCAACUAUGCCAGCCGAGCCCAGAACAUCCGCAACUGCGCUACCAUCAACUGGCGGCCAGAGGCCGAGCGGGUGCCGGAGGAGGUGGCAGCCGGGACACGGGGUCCACCGCGGCACCGCUCGGAGACGCGCAUCAUCCACCGCGGCCGGCGCGCCCCGGGCACAGCUGUUGCCCACAUCACUGCGGCUCCCUUGGACGCUGAGUGCGCGCGCUGUCGGGCCCGCGCCGAUGCUGCCUGCAGCCUUUUGCGGGAGCUGCAGUCCGAGCCCGGGCUGCCUGGGGCGGCCGCGCGCAAGGUGCGCGACUGGCUGUGCGCAGUGGAGGGUCAGCGCAGUGCUCUGAGCUCCGCCUCCGGGCCGGACAGUGGCAUCGACAGCACCUCUGCCGCGGAGGACCAGGCAACGCAGGGGCCACGAGGGGGAAAGGAAGAUGCCGAGGCAAAGCAGCUGCUACUGCUGCAGAGCCAGGUGGUCCGGCUGGAGGAGGAGAACCAAGACUUUCUGGCAGCUCUGGAGGAUGCCAUGGAGCAGUACAAGCUGCAGAGCGACCGUCUGCGGGAGCAGCAGGAGGAGAUGACGGAGUUGCGGCUACGGCUGGAGCUGGUCCGGCCUGGCUGGGGGGCCCCCGGGCUCCUGCAGGACCUUCCUCCCAGGUCUUUAGUGCUCCGGCCUCAUACAGCCCCCCUGGAGGGGGCUCACAGCCGUGUGCUGGGCAUGGUGCCCCCCGCCUGCCUCCCUGGCGAUGAAGUCGGUUGUGAGCACUGGGGAGAGCUGACAGGUGACAGUGGAGCUGGGACCGAGUUGCUGGUGGACAGGCUGGGAAGCGGCUCUUCAGCUACAUCAGACGAGGAGGAGGAGUCACCCAGGCGGACCCUGAGCCUGCGCAGAAAUGGGAUUGGCAGCUGGAACCGGAAGGUGGGGGCCCACCCAGGGAGUCCCCCUGACAGGAAGGGCCCAGACCCUUGCCUUGAAGAGCUGGGUGCAGCCAUUCCAGGACCCAAAGUGGUUGGUGGGAAGAAAGUCCCGGCUCGGCACCGCCAGGCCUCCGCUGCCACAGCCUCCGAGUGGCGCCUGGCCCAGGCCCAGCAGAAGAUCCGGGAGCUAGCCAUCAACAUCCGCGUGAAGGAGGAGCUCAUCGGAGAGCUGGUGCGCACAGGGAAGGCGGCCCAAGCCCUGAAUCGCCAGCACAGCCAGCGCAUCCGUGAGCUGGAGCAGGAGGCAGAGCGGGUGCGGGCAGAGCUGAAUGAAGGCCAGCGGCAGCUGCGGGAACUCGAGGGCAGGGAGCCCCAGGAUGCUGGCGAGCGGUCCCGACUCCAGGAGUUCCGCAAGAGGGUGGCUGUGGCCCAAAGCCAGGUGCAGGUGCUGAAGGAGAAAAAGCAGGUGACGGAGCGGCUGGUGUCGCUGUCGGCCCAGAGCGAGAGGCGGCUGCAGGAGCUCGAGAGGAAUGUGCAGCUCAUGCGGCAGCAGCAGGGCCAGCUGCAGAGGCGGCUGCGCCAGGAGACGGAGCAGAAGCGACGCCUGGAGACAGAGAUGACCAAGCGGCAGCACCGUGUCAAGGAGCUGGAGCGGAAGCACGAACAACAGCAAAAGAUCCUGAAGAUCAAGACAGAGGAGAUCGCAGCGUUCCAGAGGAAGCGGCGCAGCGGCAGCAACGGCUCUGUGGUCAGCCUGGAGCAACAGCAGAAGAUCGAGGAGCAGAAGAAAUGGCUGGAUCUGGAGAUGGAGAAGGUCCUGCAGCAGCGCCGGGCGCUGGAGGAGCUGGGGGAGGAGCUGCACAAGCGCGAGGCCAUCCUGGCCAAGAAGGAGGCCCUGAUGCAGGAGAAGACGGGACUUGAGAGCAAGCGCCUGCGGUCCAGCCAGGCUCUCAAUGAGGACAUCGUGCGCGUGUCCAGCCGGCUGGAGCACCUGGAGAAGGAACUCUCGGAGAAGAGUGGGCAGUUGCGGCAGGGCAGUGCCCACAGCCAGCAGCAGAUCCGUGGAGAGAUUGACAACCUGCGCCAGGAGAAGGACCUGUUGCUGAAGCAGCGCCUGGAGAUCGAUAGCAAGCUGAGGCAGGGCAGCCUGCUAUCGCCUGAGGAGGAGCGGACACUGUUCCAGCUGGAUGAGGCCAUUGAGGCCCUGGAUGCUGCUAUUGAAUAUAAGAAUGAGGCCAUCACGUGCCGUCAGCGGGUGCUGCGGGCCUCAGCCUCCUUGCUGUCCCAGUGUGAGAUGAACCUCAUGGCCAAGCUCAGCUACCUCUCGUCCUCGGAGACCAGAGCGCUGCUCUGCAAGUACUUUGACAAGGUGGUGACGCUCCGGGAAGAACAGCACCAGCAGCAGAUCGCCUUCUCGGAGCUGGAGAUGCAGCUGGAGGAGCAGCAGCGGCUGGUCUACUGGCUGGAGGUGGCCCUGGAGCGGCAGCGCCUGGAGAUGGACCGCCAGCUGACCAUGCAGCAGAAGGAGCACCAGCAAAACUUGCAGCUGCUUCUGCAACAGAGCCGAGACCACCUUGGUGAGGGCUUAGCAGACAGCAAGAGGCAGUAUGAGGCCAGGAUCCAAGCGCUGGAGAAAGAACUGGGCCGCCACUUGUGGCUGAACCAGGAGCUGAAGCAGAAGCUUAGUGUUUUGCACGCUGCUGCAGGCCAGAGCAGGGGUGGGGAGAAGAGCACCCUCUGUCUGGAAAACCGACAACUCCCUGGAAACGAAGAGGAGCCUCAGCUUGCCCCUGAGCUCCCCUGGCCACCCCUGCUCACUGAAGGUGUCCCCCGAGUCCGCGAGGAGGUGCGGGGCUUGGUGCGAGGUCCGCUGCCGCUGACGUGGAAACGCUCGAGCCUGUGCAGUGAAGAGCAGGGUGUCCCCGAGGAGCCAAGGCAGCGAGAGGCUGCUGAGACCCUGGUGGGGUGGGGGCUGCCUGGGGCUGACGGGGGUCUCCCCUGGACCUUGGGGCCCCUGUCCAAGCCCCGGAGGGAACUGCGAAGGGCCAGCCCAGGGAUGAUCGACGUUAGGAAAAAUCCUCUGUAG